UAAAUUUCAAGUAAAAGUAAAUUAACUUUUUACUAUAUUUACAACUAAUUAAAUUUCCAUAAAUUACUAUUGAAUAUUUUUGAAAAAAAUAAAUGAAUUAAGAGAUAAAAUAUUUUCACAAUUUAGAACAAUUUUUAAACUCAUCGCUUUAAUCUCAUUAGGCUCUCUUUAUUACUCUGUGUAGAAUUUAAAUGGGUGAUGAAGAUAUAUUAAUCUUAUGUUCUGGUUUAGUAAAUUGCACUAAUCUCUCAAAUUUGACACUUGAUCUUCAUUAAAACAAAAUUAGUGCUGUUGGGGCAUCAAGCUUAGGUUCUGCUUUAGCAAAUUGCUCUAAUCUCUCACAUUUGAGGCUUAAUCUUCAUGGCAAUUAAAUUGGUGCAAACGGUGCAUAACACUUAUGCUCUGCUUUAGCAAAAUCUACUAAACUAUCAAAUUUGAAACUUGAUCUUAGUAGCAAUGAACUUGGCGCAAUAGGUGUAUCAGGUUUAGGUUCUGCUUUAGCAAAUUCCACUAAUCUAUCAAAUUUGACACUUGAUCUUAGUGAGAAUAAAAUUGGCGAUGAAGGUGCUCCAAACUUAGGUUCUGCUUUAGCAAAUUGCAUUAAUCUCUCAAAUUUGGCACUUUCACUCUAGUGGAAUGAAAUUGGAGCAAUUGGGGUAUCUGGUUUAGGUUCUACUUUAUCAAAUUGCAUUAAUCUCUCAAACUUGACACUUGAUCUUCAGAACAAUGUGAUAGGUGCAAUUGGUGCAUAAGGUUUAGGAAUUGCUUUAGCAAAUUCCACUAAAUUAUCAAAUUUGACACUUGAUCUUUAUAGAAGUUAAAUUGGUGAUGAAGGUGCAUCAGGCUUAGGUUCUGCUUUAGCAAAAUGCGCUAAUCUAUCAAAUUUGACACUUAAACUUGAUUACAAUAAAAUUGGUGCUGUUGGUAUAUCAGGCUUAGGUUCUGCUUUAGCAAACUGCACUAAUCUCUCAAAUUUGGCACUUAAUCUUCAGUGGAAUGAAAUUGGUGCAACUGGAGUAUCAGGCUUAGGUUCUGCUUUAGUAAAUUGCAAUAAUCUCUCAAGUUUAAGUCUUGAUCUUCAAUAAAAUGGAAUUGGCGGCGAAGGUGCAUCUUACUUAGGUUCUGCCUUAGAAAAUUGCACAUAGCUUUCAAAUUUGAAACUUGAUCUUAGGUGGAAUAACAUUGAUGAAAUUGGUACAUCAGGAUUAAGCUCUGCUUUAGCAAACUGCUCUAAUCUCUCUAAUUUGACACUUGAUCUCCGUGCAAAUGGAGACAAUAAACCAUUAUUGUUGGAAGUAUAAAAAUAAUGCCUUAAACAACAAAAAUUAGUUGUUUUUAAAAUUUUCUCAUGAUGAAAAACAAGAAAGAGGUGAAAAAAUGAUGAUUAAAUAUAAAAAAUUUGAAUAAUAGAAAAUAAUAUGUAUUAUUUUAUAAUACUUUGUAAUAGGAGAAUUUAAUCUAAAAUAUAGAUUGAUUUAUUAUUAUUUUUAUAUUAUAAAUAUU